CACAACAAAAUCGGAAGAAGAAAGAGUGAAAACAUGGCUAAUCACAAAAAUCUUUUCUUCCUAUGUCUCUUAAUAGGUUUAGGGUUGUGUUCUGCAAGACGAGCACUUCUCUCCUCCUAUGAACCCGAGGAUGAAGUCGUUGGCUAUGGCGAGAAAAGUAGUUUGCAUGUUGGUUAUGGUAUUGGAGUUGAUGCUGGUGUUGGUGUUGGUGGUGGCGGCGGAGAAGGAGGUGGUGCUGGUUACGGUGGAGCUGAAGGCAUUGGUGGAGGCGGAGGCGGUGGACAUGGUGGUGGUGCUGGUGGAGGUGGUGGUGGUGGUCCUGGAGGAGGAUCUGGUUAUGGAGGUGGAAGCGGUGAAGGUGGUGGAGCUGGAUACGGAGGCGGAGGAGCUGGUGGACAUGGUGGAGGUGGAGGAAGCGGAGGUGGUGGUGGAGGAGGAGCUGGCGGUGCGCAUGGUGGUGGAUACGGUGGUGGAGAAGGUGCUGGUGCUGGAGGAGGAUAUGGAGGUGGCGGUGCAGGUGGACAUGGAGGUGGUGGAGGAGGUGGAAAUGGAGGAGGUGGAGGAGGUGGCGGUGCACAUGGUGGUGGAUACGGUGGUGGAGAAGGCGCUGGUGCUGGAGGAGGAUAUGGAGGUGGCGGUGCAGUUGGACAUGGAGGGGGUGGAGGCGGGGGAAAAGGAGGCGGUGGAGGAGGAGGUUCUGGCGCCGGUGGAGCUCACGGUGGUGGUUAUGGUGCCGGAGGUGGAGCUGGAGAGGGAUACGGUGGUGGUGGUGGAGAAGGAGGACAUGGUGGUGGUGGAGGCGGUGGUGGUGGAGCUGGAGGUGGCGGAGGAGGAGGUGGAGGUUAUGCAGCUGCAGGAUCUGGACACGGUGGCGGUGCUGGUAGUGGAGAAGGCGGUGGUGGCUAUUAACACUGUGAAAUUAUCUAUGUGGAGCGUAAGGGCCAUUGAGUGAAGUGUCAUAUAACUCGCAAGAAACAUAUUUACAACAUAUAUGUGGUAAUAAGUACGCAAGUCCUCCUGUAUAAUAAGCCCUAAAAAAGGCUAUUGUUGAAGUUUCUAAUUGUACCAAUGUUGUAUGCUGCUUCGUGUGUAUCAAGUUUAUAUAAACGAAAAUGAAGAUAUCAUAAGUGUUCCUACUUUCAUUUAA